ACAGGCGAUCGCCUCACGUGAGAGCUGAAAAAGGAAGAACCGGGACGGCGCGGGGCACUGAAGGGGGUGGGUUACCACCCGCUCCCCGGUACCGCCGCCUCGGCAGCGGCGCAAUCCAAAGCACCGCGCACCCCGCUCCGCCGGAGAGCCAGAGGAAGGGCGGCAGGACUACAAGUCCCAGAGUGCACCGCGGCGCGCCGCCAGCGCUUUUCCACCAUGAGGACGCGGUACGUGCUCCCCGCUCUGCUGAGCCUCUCGCUGGCGCUGCUGGGGCCUGGCGAUGGAGCCAUUGUGUUGUCAGUCCCUGAAGUGGUUUCUCUAGAAAGUGGAAGUUCAACAAACGUCACUAUUUCUCUGAGGGCUCCACUAAACGAGACACUGGUGAUAACUCUUAAUAUUACACACUCCUCAAAGCACAGCACCAUUGUUGAACUUCCUGAUGAGGUACAGUUCCCUGCAGGUCACACUAAAGCAGAGUUCCAAGUGAAAGCAGAUGAUGUGGGACAAGUAACAGUUUACCUUUAUCCCAAUAAUUCCAACUUAACUGGGCCUAGGAUUCAAUUUCAAGUGAUUCACAGCAUCAUAGUGAGAUAUGCUGAUGAGGUGAUUGGCUGGAUCUAUUUCGUUGCCUGGUCCAUCUCCUUUUAUCCUCAACUCUUUGAGAACUGGCGAAGGAAAAGUGUUGUUGGACUAAGCUUUGACUUCAUAGCAUUAAACCUUACUGGCUUUAUAGCAUACAGUGUGUUUAAUGUUGGGCUCUUCUGGAUUCCCCUGAUUAAGGAGGAGUUCCUGGUCAGUUAUCCCAGCGGGGUGAACCCUGUGGCCAUCAAUGAUGUUUUCUUCAGUCUCCACGCAGUGGCCCUGACCCUCCUCACCAUCAUUCAGUGCUGCAUCUACGAGAGAGCAGGUCAGAAAGUAUCCAAAGUUGUUGUUGGACUCCUGGCACUUGCAUGGAUCUUCACCUUCACCACGCUGUUCCUGGCUGCAGCUGAGGUGAUGACAUGGCUGCAGUUCUUGUUCUGCUUCUCCUACAUUAAGUUAGCAGUCACACUGAUCAAAUACUUCCCACAGGCCUACAUGAAUUUCCGUCGGAAGAGCACUGAGGGAUGGAGUAUUGGAAAUGUGUUACUGGACUUCACUGGGGGAAGCUUCAGCCUUCUCCAGAUGUUUCUGCAGUCUUACAACAAUGAUGAGUGGAGGUUAAUCUUUGGAGAUCCAACCAAGUUUGGCCUGGGUGUCUUCUCCAUCAUCUUUGACAUUGUUUUCAUGGCCCAGCACUACUGCCUGUACAGGAGCCGAGGGUAUGAACCUUGUGAAUAACAAACAUCCCUUGUGGGGACUCAAACUUUACACUGAACUUGGCCCUGCCCUCUCUGAGGGCUUUCAAGAUUCUUGCUGCCAGUUACCAGAAAUGCUGAUUCUGAUGUCUGUGACCUGAUCCUCUCUGGGCUGGAACACAAACACAAACUGUUGCCUUGCCAAGCACUGGCUGCCAGGUGCCUUAAGGACAGCAAGCCCUCAGCUGCACACGGGGGACUCGUGCCUGUUGGAGCUGCACACACAGCUCAGAGGGAGCUGUCCAAGCAACACAUGGCUCUUUUUUCACCAACCACAGGGAAGAGAAAGACCAAAGUGAUGUCUUUCUGAUUGGAGGUGAAGCACAAAGAGCAGUUCUGUCUUCCAAAAAUCUGAGAUGAUGUUUAAGCAACCACUUCAUAUUUUUAAGUAAUGACUGAAGACUGACUGUGGAUCCAAGUGCUGCUGCUGACCUUUCCCAGACAGCUCACACUCCACCACCACUCAGGCUGGCCACAGUGGUACAUCACAAUAAUGGAGUUGGUAUUAAAUGCACAAAUACUACAAUUUGAACUCUUUAUUAAAAAAAUUUCUAAAAACCAGAA